CGGCGCGAGGAGGGCGGGGGAGCAGCUACGGGGGCCGCGGGAGCUGUUGAGAGGAGGCCGGGGUUGGGCUUACUCCUCCGCCAGACCCCACCCCACUCUGCCGACCCCACCCCCUGCUCCUUCCUCCCCGGGGGCGCGCUCUCGGGCCCGCGCUCGGAAGUCGGGGGUCGGCGCCGAGUGCGGGCUGCGUUGCGGGUGGGUGAGGGAGGCGCGGAGGCGGCGAGCCGGGCAGUGGCCACCGAGCCGCGCGGUCGUCGCCAGCGGCGCCCACUGGCCCGUCUCUCCAGUACGAGCCGCCGCCACCACCCGCCCCGAGAGUCCGGCCCCUGGGCCCCGAGGCUCAGCCCGCAGAGCGGCCUCCCCGGGACACCGCUGGGCGAGAGGAACGCGCCCGCGCCCUUGCCUUCGCCGUGGCCCAGCGCGCGGGCGGCGGGAUGAAGGGCAGCGAGCCGGCCGCGCCGGCGCUGCGGCCCCGGGGGCGGCUCUGGCCGGUGUUGGCGGUGCUGGCGGCCGCUGCGGCCGGCUGCGCCCGGGCAGCCAUGGACGAGUGCACGGACGAGGGCGGGCGGCCGCAGCGCUGCAUGCCCGAGUUCGUCAACGCCGCCUUCAACGUGACCGUGGUGGCCACCAACACGUGCGGGGCUCCGCCCGAGGAGUACUGUGUGCAGACCGGGGUGACCGGGGUCACCAAGUCCUGUCACCUGUGCGACGCCGGGCAGCCCCACCUGCAGCACGGGGCAGCCUUCUUGACCGACUACAACAACCAGGCCGACACCACCUGGUGGCAAAGCCAGACCAUGCUGGCCGGGGUGCAGUACCCCAACUCCAUCAACCUCACGCUGCACCUGGGAAAAGCUUUUGACAUCACAUACGUGCGCCUCAAGUUCCACACCAGCCGCCCAGAGAGCUUCGCCAUUUACAAGCGCAUACGGGAAGAUGGGCCCUGGGCUCCUUACCAGUACUACAGUGGCUCAUGUGAGAAUACCUACUCGAAGGCAAACCGUGGCUUCAUCAGGACGGGAGGGGACGAGCAGCAGGCCUUAUGCACAGAUGAAUUCAGUGACAUUUCCCCUCUCACUGGGGGCAACGUGGCCUUCUCAACUCUAGAAGGAAGGCCCAGUGCCUACAACUUUGACAACAGCCCUGUGCUGCAGGAAUGGGUAACUGCCACUGACAUCAGAGUAACUCUCAAUCGCCUGAAUACUUUUGGAGAUGAAGUGUUUAAUGACCCCAAAGUUCUCAAGUCCUAUUAUUACGCAAUCUCUGAUUUUGCUGUGGGUGGUAGGUGUAAAUGCAACGGACAUGCAAGUGAGUGUGUGAAGAAUGAAUUUGGCAAGCUGGUUUGUAAUUGCAAACAUAAUACUUACGGGGUAGACUGUGAAAAGUGUCUGCCAUUCUUCAACGACCGGCCGUGGAGGAGGGCGACUGCGGAGAGCGCCAGCGAAUGCCUGCCCUGUGACUGUAAUGGCCGAUCACAGGAGUGCUAUUUUGACCCUGAACUUUACCGGUCCACCGGCCACGGGGGCCACUGUACCAACUGCCAGGGGAACACAGAUGGCGCCAACUGCGAGAGAUGCCGGGAGAAUUUCUUCCGCCUUGGGAACAACGAAGCCUGCUCUCCCUGUCACUGCAGUCCUGUGGGUUCUCUCAGCACACAGUGUGAUAGCUCUGGCAGGUGUAGCUGCAAGCCAGGAGUGAUGGGUGACAAGUGUGACCGUUGCCAGCCCGGGUAUCAUUCUCUCACUGAGGCAGGAUGCAGGCCAUGCUCUUGUAAUCCUUCUGGCAGCGUAGACGAGUGUAACAUUGAAACGGGAAGAUGUGUUUGCAAAGACAAUGUUGAAGGCUUCAAUUGUGAGAGAUGCAAACCUGGAUUUUUUAAUUUGGAAUCAUCUAAUCCUAGGGGUUGCACACCCUGCUUCUGCUUUGGGCAUUCUUCUGUCUGUACAAAUGCUGUCGGCUACAGUGUUUAUCCUAUAACCUCUACCUUUCAGAUUGAUGAAGACGGGUGGCGGGUGGAACAAAGGGAUGGCUCUGAAGCGUCACUCGAGUGGUCCUCUGAGAGGCAGGAUAUCACCGUCCUCUCGGAUAGCUACUUUCCUCGGUACUUCAUUGCUCCGGCAAAGUUCUUGGGCAAGCAGAUGUUGAGUUAUGGUCAGAACUUCUCCUUCUCCUUUCGGGUGGACAGGCGAGACACUCGCCUCUCUGCAGAAGACCUGGUGCUCGAGGGAGCUGGUCUGAGAGUGUCUGUGCCCUUGAUCGCUCAGGGCAAUUCCUAUCCAAGUGAGACCACUGUGAAAUACGUCUUCAGGCUCCAUGAAGCAACAGAUUACCCUUGGAGGCCUCCUCUUACCCCUUUCGAAUUUCAGAAGCUCCUAAACAAUUUGACCUCUAUCAAAAUCCGUGGGACAUAUAGUGAGAGAAGUGCUGGAUAUUUGGAUGAUGUCACCCUAACAAGUGCUCGCCCGGGGCCCGGGGUGCCUGCCACUUGGGUGGAGUCCUGCACCUGUCCUGUGGGCUACGGAGGGCAGUUCUGUGAGAUGUGCCUCUCGGGUUACAGAAGAGAAACUCCGAGUCUCGGGCCGUACAGCCCGUGUGUGCUUUGUACCUGCAACGGACACAGCGAGACCUGUGACCCUGAGACAGGUGUUUGUGACUGCAGGGACAAUACAGCUGGCCCCCACUGUGAGAGGUGUGGGGAUGGGUACUACGGAGAUGCCACGUCGGGCACCACCUCCGACUGUCGGCCCUGCCCAUGUCCUGGCGGCUCGAGCUGUGCCUCUGUCCCCAAGACGCAGGAGGUGGUGUGUACCAGCUGUCCCCCCGGCACCACCGGUAAAAGGUGUGAGCUCUGUGAUGAUGGCUACUUCGGAGACCCUCUGGGUAGACACGGCCCAGUGAGGCUUUGCCGCCUUUGUCAAUGCAGUGACAACAUUGACCCCAACGCUGUUGGAAAUUGCAAUCGCUUGACAGGAGAGUGCCUGAAGUGCAUCUAUAACACUGCUGGCUUCUACUGUGACCGAUGCAAAGAUGGAUUUUUUGGAAAUCCCCUGGCUCCCAAUCCAGCAGACAAAUGCAAAGCCUGUGCGUGCAAUCCCCACGGCACCUCGAGGCAGCAGAACAGUUGUAACCCCGUGACCGGGCAGUGUGACUGUCUGCCCCACGUGACCGGCCGGGACUGUGGAGCCUGUGAGCCCGGAUUCUACAACCUGCAGAGCGGGCGGGGCUGUGAGAGAUGCGGCUGCCACGCUUUGGGUUCCACCAAUGGACAGUGUGACAUCCACACUGGCCAGUGUGAGUGCCAGCCUGGAGUCACGGGCCAGCACUGCGAGCGCUGUGAGGUCAACCACUUUGGGUUUGGACCCGAAGGCUGCAAACCCUGUGACUGUCAUCCUGAGGGAUCUCUUUCACUCCAGUGCAAAGGUGAUGGUUGCUGUGAAUGUAAACAGGGUUUUGUGGGAAAUCGCUGUGACCAGUGUGAAGAGAACUAUUUCUAUAAUCGGUCUUGGCCUGGCUGCCAGGAGUGUCCAGCAUGUUAUCGUCUGGUGAAGGAUAAGGUUGCUGAUCAUCGCGUGAAACUCCAGGAAUUAGAGAAUCUCAUAGCAAACCUUGGAACUGGGGAAGAGGUGGUGACAGAUCAAGCCUUUGAGGACAGACUAAAGGAAGCAGAGAGAGAAGUUAUGGACCUCCUUCGAGAGGCCCAGGAUGUCAAAGAUGUUGACCAGAAUUUGAUGGACCGCCUCCAGAGAGUGAAUAACACCUUAUCCAGCCAAAUUAGCCGUUUACAGAAUAUCCGCAAUACCAUUGAAGAGACUGGAAACUUGGCUGAGCAAGCACGUGCCAGGGUGGAGAGCACAGAGCAGUUGAUUGAAAUUGCGACCCGAGAACUUGAGAAAGCAAAGAUUGCUGUUGCCAACGUGUCAAUCACUCAGCCAGAGUCUACAGGGGACCCAAACAACAUGACUCUUUUGGCAGAAGAGGCACGAAAGCUUGCUGAACGCCAUAAACAAGAAGCUGAUGAUAUCGUAAGAGUGGCAGAGACAGCUAAUGAUACAUCAACCGAGGCAUAUAAUCUGCUUCUGAGAACACUGGCAGGAGAAAACCAAACAGCUCUUGAGAUUGAAGAGCUUAAUAGAAAGUAUGAACAAGCGAAGAACAUGUCACAGGAUCUGGAAAAGCAAGCUGCCAGAGUACACGAGGAGGCCAAAAGGGCUGGAGAUAAAGCGGUGGAGAUCUAUGCUAGUGUUGCUCAGCUGACGCCCGUGGACUCGGAAGCUCUGGAGAAUGAGGCAAAUAAAAUCAAGAAGGAAGCUGAGGAUCUGGACCGUCUGAUUGACCAGAAAUUAAAAGAUUAUGAGGACCUCCGAGAGGACAUGAGAGGGAAGGAACUUGAAGUCAAGAAGCUUCUGGAGAAGGGAAAGACUGAACAGCAGACUGCUGACCAGCUCCUAGCCCGAGCAGAUGCCGCCAAGGCUCUUGCGGAAGAAGCUGCUAAAAAGGGACGAAAUACCUUACAAGAAGCCAAUGACAUUCUCAACAACCUGAAGGAUUUCGAUAGGCGAGUGAAUGAUAACAAGACUGCUGCAGAGGAGGCUUUAAGGAGAAUCCCUGCCAUCAACCAGACCAUAAUAGAAGCCAAUGACAAGACAAGGGAGGCGCAGCUGGCUCUGGGCAGUGCCGCCGCCGACGCCACCGAGGCCAAGAGCAAGGCCCACGAGGCGGAGAGGAUUGCCAGCGCCGUCCAGAAGAACGCUACCAGCACCAAGGCAGAAGCCGAAAGGACUUUUGCAGAAGUUACAGACCUGGAUAACGAGGUGAACAAUAUGCUGAAACAACUACAGGAAGCAGAAAAGGAGCUGAAGAGAAAACAAGAGGACGCUGACCAGGAUAUGAUGAUGGCAGGGAUGGCUUCGCAGGCUGCUCAGGAAGCCGAGAUCAAUGCCAGAAAGGCCAAAAACUCCGUUACCAGCCUCCUGCACCUGAUUAAUGAGCUCCUGGAGCAGCUGGGGCAGCUGGACACAGUGGACCUGAACAAGCUCAAUGAGAUCGAAGGCACCCUGAACAAAGCCAAAGAUGAAAUGAAAGUCAGUGAUCUGGACAGGAAAGUGUCUGAUCUGGAGAAUGAAGCCAGGAAGCAGGAGGCCGCCAUCAUGGACUAUAACAGAGAUAUCGAGGAGAUCAUGAAGGACAUUCGCAACCUGGAAGACAUCAAGAAGACCUUACCAUCUGGCUGCUUCAACACCCCGUCCAUCGAAAAGCCCUAGAGUCAUCUUUUAGGGCUGGAAGGCAGCACCCCCCAACCGGGGAGCCGUUGUGAGGCCACAAAGUGCCUUAACACACAGAUUACAUUUUUUCAGACCCCCACUUCUCUGCUGCUCUCCACCACUGUCCUUUUGAACCAGGAAAAUUCACAAAGCUUAAAGAGAAGUAAGUCAGACAUCAUGAAUCGGGAACAGAGGGUUUUAUCUGAUAGUCUCUCUUCCACGGAAGGCACUCCCUUACCCACACUUUCCCUUCUGAGUCGCGUGAGGACGUGGCAUCUUAUGUGAUCAUACAGUGGUGUAAACACUUCGUGAGAACCAUUGUCUGCCGGGGCUGAGCAAGUGGCCCUCCCUUUUCUCCUGGAUACCGGCAGAACCUCCUCGGUCUCAGUACUCUUGUUUCUAUGAAGGAAAAGUUUGGCCACUAGUAGCCACGGUGCGAUGGCCAGGAUAUCCAGUCUGUCGAUAAAGAAAGUGCACCUACAUCUACCACCCCUCCUCCUUUUACGCAAAAGGAAAUAAACGUCCUGUGCCAAAGAUAUUGGUCAUUUAGAACGUCAAGAGCCAUCGUCAGUUGCUUUAGCUAUUUUGAGUAUAGGACACUGAGCCAUCCACGGGUAAGGCUGCAAUUAUUCCUGACAGUCUCCAGGAGAAUGAGGCUGCAGAAGUAGGCUGAACAUUUUCUCAUACGUUAAUAAUUGACUAGGAAGAUACACUUUUUAUCAGAUCUUUGGGCAGCUGAUAAAUCUGGAUGGGCAGCUUGCACUCACCAAUAGACGUCUUCUGAUAUUCCUAUAAAUGGAAUUUAUACAGAAGAAAUAGGGAUAUGAUAACCACUAAAGUUUGUUUUGUUUUGUUUUUUUUCAAAAUCAAACUAAUACCUAGAGCUUUUUUAGUGUGUUAGUCUUGGAACUAUUGCUGUUAUCUGGUAGAGAGCAGUUGAUCCCUAAGAUCUUGACAAACAAGAAACAAGCCACCUUGUCCUAGUCUUUCCUCGCAAAGGGAUAAAACUUAUAUGCAACUUGUAUUGUCAGGAUCCCGUAUAUCCAUUUUUUUCUUCCAUUGGGGAGAGAUGACACUUUUGACCCUAUUCCUCAAUUACCUUCUGAUGUUCCCAUCUUCUAGGGUCCCUCUACACGCCUGCCAAAUCCUGGUGGCAAAUCCCUGCACUCAGUAGUUCACACAGCUGCCAGCACCAUCUAGUUCCUGCACUUUGUGAUUGAAACCCAUUCGAAACCUUCCCUCUCAGUGCAGAGGGAAGACCCGUAGGUGGACUUGCCUAGCUGGCUUCUCAACUUUGGAUCCUCAGCUCUGUGGUUUUCUUUCAAGAUCACAGUAUGAAGAUUCUCUGCCCCACAACGCCUUCCUCCUACCAACCCACCUUUGAGAUUCAUAUAUAUCGCCUUUAACACUAUGCAACUUUGUACUUUGCGUAGCGGGGGGAAAGAAACUAUUAUCUGACACACUGGUGCUAUUAAUUAUUUCAAAUUUAUAUUUUUGUGUGAAUGUUUUUUUUGUUGUUGUUUAUCAUGAUUAUAGAGUAAGGAAUUUAUGUAAAUAUACUUGGUCCUAUUUCUAGAAUGGCACUGUCUGUUCACUUCUUCAUUUUUCCCCUUCACUGGCACAAUGUGUCUGUAUACCUCCUUCCCUUCCGUCUGCAGUCCUUUGCCUUGCACCUGCCCCCCCAUCGCUCUGCCCUGCGCCUUGUGUCUGCAGCAUGUUCAUUCUCUAGCGCGAAUGUCCACCCACUUCCCUCCACACCCAGCCGCUCUGCAGGGGUGCCUCCCACCCUCCUCCACCGCAGGCCCGCCCCCCGAAAUUGCAGCCUGAUGUUCCUGAGGCCCGCUCCCGAGCAGGCGUGUCAGGUCGACAGGAGGUGGCGGGAUGAGGAUGUUUUGCUGAACGGCAUCUUCAGCAUCAAUGUGGGCCUAACUGGGAAUGAGCUAGAAAUGACCUUUCCGACAGUUGGAGCUAUGGACGGGUCCGUUGAGAAGGGAGGGUGUGAUCACUGAGCACUCAGAGGGCACCAGGGAUGGAGUACAGACAGGUAGAGUGGGAGCGGCCGUGCAUCGGGGUCUCCCCUGCUGCCUGCUUGCAUACCAGAGUCGGUUCCAAAGGCUUUGACUUGGCAUACCCCUGGCUUUCCCUGGGCCGCUUCUACUGUUGCCAGAGGCCAGGCUCGUUCCUGCCAAGUUUUCACAUCAGCGUCUCCUAGCUAGUUCCUCGUGGUAAGGGGCCACCUCCUAACAGAGACAUUUUGUUCAAGGUCGCAGGACAAGGACUGUAGAUCGACUGCCGGGAUAGUUGUCCCUCUAGCCUGUGGGUCAGCCUCACACCAGUCAGUCGUAGACCGCAGUGAAAUUUGGAGUUUUUUUGUUUGGUUUGGUUUGGUUGCUUUUCUCCUUCUCCAUCUGUGUCAUAUAUUUUUAAACAGAAUUUUAUUUUUAAAAUAAAAAGCUCUUUAUAAGACAAUACCUUCAUUACACUCCUGCAAUAUGCAUUAUUUUAUUGUAUGGUUCUAGUUACCUGAAUUUCAUGUAAUAAAACUGACAGGGUGGCUGCUGAAGAAUGCUGGGGGUCGCGGGGGGCGUAUCCAGCUGCUCUCCGGAAUUCUUCCUUGUAAUCCCCGCGGUGGCCCUUUGAUAUGUGCCUUCACCUUAGCCGUUUGCCUUAAUCUCUACAGUCUCGCUCUCCAGGGUGGUGAAUAAAAUGCAACACUUGGCCUUUUUUUAAUGUUAAAAAAAAAAAACAGUAUUUUAUUUAUAAUAAAAUCUGAAUAUUUGUAACCCUUUAUAUUUGGUGUGGCCUGAGUGUGGUACUGGGGACAGGAUGUUUUGAAAGGUACGAUGAAGAGAAAGCUGCUUGUAAUACCUUCUUUGGGUGACUUAUUUCCUUGAGAACAGUCCAAUAUGUGUGCAGGUACAUGCUGUAAGUGUGUGUGUGUGUGUGUAUAUGUGUGUAUAUAUUAUACAUACAAGUAAUACACACACACAUAUAUAUACAUACUUUUUUUCCCCUUCUCAGAUGGGGAUACUUUGGUGUGGUCCAGAGGUAGGCAGACUUUUUCUGUAAAGAGCUAGACUAUACAUAUUGUAGGUUUCACAGGCCCUAUGGUCUCUGUUACACCGACUUUGCCCUUGCAGCCUGAAAGCAGCCCGGACAGUGUGUAAACAAAUGAGUCCAACACAACUAUUUACAAAAACAGGCACGGGCCCGAGGGCUGCCAUGUACCGGACCCCUUGGGCUAUGAUUAGUGCCUGCUUAGUGACACCUGAAGACUAUUUUAAAAUUAUUUGGGCUUCUUAAAUUAGCAGCUGUAUGUAAAAAGUUGUCUUUCUACCUGUAAAUAUGCCCAUAACUUCAGCUAAAGGGGGUCUCUUGAGGUGAUGAAAACCACUCUCGAACAUAAGGAAAUAGAGAGAAAAAGUAAGUGAUGUGCUGAGCCGGCAGGCCAGAGUAGCUCAUCCGUGCCUCAGCCCAUCUGGAGGGUUGACCCAGCGGGAGUCAUCUGAGGCCAGGUGAAGAGUUUUAGAUACGGAGACAGCAGGAAGGCUUUGGUUUCCUCUUCGGUGCUCUGUUCAUAGCCCUGAGUCCCUGCGGAUGACCUGCCACCUUCCUGAUCUUCUAAAUCCUUGUAACUAUGACACCUGUGAAGAACCUGAACUCUCCUCGAUUGGACUUGCUCAGAGAGAGCUUUAGAGGGCACUAGUUCCUCGCUUUCACGCAUACCCUGUUCUUAACCUGUUUGUAGGACCUGAUUCAAACGCAAACACAUCUGUCUAGUUACUCUGUCCAAGUGAUGAGUGGGAUUUUAAAAACUUGCGGGUCGGCAGUUUCUCCAAGGUUGGUAUUGGCAUAAUCUGAUGCAAAAUAUCCCCGAAGGUUUACUCCUUAAAGUAAGCAUUUUUAGCCCCCUGAUAAAUCUGAAUUCACCAGCUCCACUUCACUAAGCUCAAAGUGGAAUGCUAAAGAAGCUCUGGCACCCAGGAGAGCCACCAAGUAGAAAGGCAGAUGGUGCCUGCUUCAUAGGGUGAGGAAGGACCCAUCCCAAUGAAAGAUCACCUCUCUCCAGGCCCUUAGCUUAUGGGACCAGAAACAAGACAGUUGUACAUAGCAGGUAAUUUUGCCUGUUCACACUGAGCAGGUUUAAAUGAAGUAGAUAUUAAUCACUGGAGUGAAAAAAUAAGAAACUUCCUAGUAAAUAAUCUAUCAGAGGCUCCAGUGGUUCAGAAGUUAUCAGCAAGAGUGCUUUAUAUUUGUACUGAGUCCCCCAAGAUGAUUAUAUCUGCUCUACACAAAUGAUACUCUAAAUAGAAAUUAAUUCUAUGCAGGGCGCCUGGGUGGCUCAGUCGGUUAAGCAUCUGCCUUUGGCUCAGGUCAUGAUCCCAGGGUCCUGGGAUGGAGCCCCCUUCAGGCUCCCUGCUCGGCGGGGAGCCUGCUUCUCCCUCUCCCUCUGCCCCUACCCUGCAUGUGUUCUGUCUCUUUCUCUCUCAGAUAAGUAAAUAAAAUCUUUUUUAAAAAAUUAAUGACAUGCUUAAGAAAAGGAAAUAUUUAGCAGAAGUCAAAUAAAAGCUAAGAAAUUCCUGGUUGGGAAUUUAAAUAAGAGAAACCUCAACAUUUCCAGUGUUGUUAUAACAUGUCAUUUCUUUAACUCUUCUCCCUGUCCAUGGUAUUCUUUCUCCUUUCCAUUACAGGAAAGCCUGAGGUCAAGGUGUCACCUGCUCUGUUGACAUUGGUCAGUCCUUCCUUGUGUCCACCAGCCCCCCAGCCUUGUACUGGCUUCUAGCAUUGACACAUGUUUAUUGAUCAGGUGUUUCUCACUGACCUUUCCCCCCAAGCUCCCUCCUACUCCCCAAGAUCCCGGUCUGUGUAUUUCUGUCCACAUCCUCAGGGUUAGGAGGCAUACAGGAAGUGGUCACUGGGUUUUCUAAAUGGUCUAAAGGUAAACUCAACCUUUCUCAUUUGCCUAUUCUCCCAUUUCUGUUACUUUUCCCCUGCAUGAGCAGAAAGCGAGGUUUACGGAUGCUUGUUAAUGCCCUCUGUCCCUUGCUUUCAGCAUCGUUCUGCUCUCUCAGUACUCCCACCGAAGGAGGGAUUUGCAGGAAGAGAAGCAAAACCGCUGUCUUUCACCAAAUGGCACAGCACCCACACACCACACAGCUCCGCAAGCGGCAACCAGCUGGCGUGGUCCGCUCUGCAUCCCAGCCUCACACUCGCUGCUCCCAGCGCUGCGUGUGUCUGCCAGUUUUACCCACAGCCCCUUCUGUAGAUACCUCUGACUCCCGGCCCACAUGAUAACAUUAGUUCCCUUUCUUUUUCCCUAACUCCUGGGAAUCGGCCUGGUAAAUUUCAACAGCUUGGUUAGUGUUUCAUCCUGUUCACCCUGGUGCCUUAGAGGGCCUUGUAAUAUAGGCCAUGCAGGCAUUGCUUGUGAUGAAUUCAGUAUAGUUUGUAUUUAUUUCUAUAAAAAGUUGAGCAUCAGGCUCUUGAUCAAGAAUGUAACCCUCGGAUACAGCAUUGUUCCCAUGAGUAUGUCAAUUUAACUGAUUCUCUGUGAAAUGUGCCUGGUCAUACCUUUGAGGACACCUCUCUCUCCUCCCAUAAUCCUUUUUCACCAUGGCUAGUAACAAAAAAUUCUACUUGAGCUUCAGACUGUUGCUUUUGAGCCUGUGGUUUCUGUACUUGUACUGAGAUCCUUUGUCGUUUCAGUAACUAAAUGAAAUCAUCAGGAGCGCCGGGGCGGCUCAGUCAGCUAAGCAUCUGACUCUUGAUUUUGGUUCAAGUCAUGAUCUCAGGGUCGUGGGAUUGAGCCCCCCACUGGGCUCUGCACUCCGCACAGAGUCUGCUUAUCCCUCUCCCUCUGCUUCUCCCCCAACUCCCUCUCUUUCUGUCUAAAAUAAGUAAAAUAUUUUUAAAAAUAAUUAAAUAAAUUCAAUCAUCAAAUUGUGUGCCAUAGCAACUAGUGUUAAAAAUUUCUAAUGCAGGGGCCCCUGGGUGGCUCAGUCAGUUAAGCGUCUGCCUUUGGCUCAGCUCAUGAUCUCAGGGUCCUGGGAUCGAGCCCCCAUGUCAGGCUCCCUGCUCAGUGGAGAGCCUGCUUCUCCCUCUCCCUCUGUGUGCCUCUCUCUCAAAAAUAAAUAAAUAAAUAAAUAUAUAUAUAUAUAUAAAAAGAAUUUCUACUGCAAUUCUUUUCUGAAUAUUCUGUGCUUGCCUUCCAGGAUGUAGGAUCCGAUUUUUCCUCUGUGUCAGUUGAUCCCCAUUCUUUGCAUGGGCAAUUUUUUCCUCCUGAGAGUGGUUUCUAAGCUGAGGUUAGUGCCGAGUAAGCUCAAAUCCAGCCAUGAGCAGAAAUGUCUGGAGAAGAUGUGCUGUCCUAGUGUGGAUUACACGUUCCUGGGUUGCUGAGCCAGCGUCCAAGAUAAAGCCUCGGUAGAAACAACUGUGAUUUCAGUGAUUACAUGUUGAGCAGGGUCAGAGAAGUUUGUGUUACAACUUGCUCAUCCCUCUUGGCUCAGACAGUCUGCUAUCUGCGCUGUCUGAGUCGGGCUGAGACAGAGGCUCAGACCUGGCCAGAGAGAUGGGUUUUGCCACAUAGAUUUCAGUCAGGUUGACCUCCUUACAUUUCUGAAGGACUGGGGAAGGACUAACGCUAUCAAGGUAUUUUGCACCGUAUACUAUGUUUUUAAAGGUACCUUCAUGAUUAUUUACUUUCAUUUGCCCCUGAUUUAUUGAGGGUCUUCAUUUGACCAACGAGGAGAUACAACCAUGGCUUGCUGCCCCAUCACCCUAACCACUAUUUUAUUUUUUUUUUUUAAAGAUUUUAUUUAUUUAUUAGAGAGAGACACAGCGAGAGAGGGAACACAAGCAGAGGGGGUGGGAGAGAGAGAAGCAGGCUUCCCGCCGAGCAGGGAGCCCGAUGCGGGGCUUGAUCCCAGGACCCUGGGACCAUGACCUGAGCUGAAGGCAGACGCUUAACGAUUGAGCCACCCAGGCGCCCCCCCCAGGCGCCCCCCUAACCACUAUUUUAGCAUCUUACCGUAUUCUCUCAUGAUUAUGAUCCAUUUUCCUAUUAUGUACAUGUACUUUAUGAUAAGGUUCCUCAAAUCCCUUUUUUGGAGAGAUCAAGGCAGGAUUUAAAUAUAUUAGUAAUUUGCCCAAUAUUAAGGAACCAGUUAGUGGCAGAAUUAUUACGUGGAAUGGAAUUGUCUUUCAGCAUCUGGGCCAUAUACCCUACACAGCUCACACCCCUCUCGUUGCCUAUGGUUUUUCCCUCUCUUUCUCUUCCCUUACUUAGAAUCAGGGAUAAGGAGCAUAGGGCUGGCUCACCUAGCUUCCUCUCAUGUUAACGUCUGAUAUAACCAUGGUACAUUUACCAAAACUAAGAAACUAUUGGUAGAAGAUGUAACUAUAGUCUUUUGCCUGCUUUUAAAAAACCUUUUUCGAGACCCCAUUUUUAAAGUAAUACAUUAAAGCAAAAUGAAAAAUACUCAGCAUUAAUACCCAAGCUAUGGGACAACAGGAGUGUGGAUAGUUGAUUUUACUUUCGUAAUACAAUCAAGACUGCCCGAUGUAUAAUGUGUUCAUAAUUAACUGCAAGUAAUGUCAUUAAACCACUUGCUAAAAUGUCCUGAAAGUUUCAAAAGAGAUUUUUAAAAGAUCCAUCAGAAUUAACAGGUCAUUCAUAACAAUAUGCCACAAAUUUAAGUAUUUAUUAGAAAUAGAAAAUUUAUUUAUAAAGAUUACAUUUAAAAUUUUUUAUUACAUCAUUUCAGACCUACAGAAAAAUUGUAAGAAUAGUAUAAAAAGUUCUUCAGUACUCUUUCCUCGGAUUCCUCAAAUGUUAACAUUUUAUCACAUUUGCUUUUUCUCUGCUCUCACUCUUGCUCUCUGCGUAGAGAGAAAGAGAGAAAUGUUUUAAGUUGCAGACAUGAUGCUCUUUUACCCGUAAAUACUUCAAUGUAUAUUUCCUAAAGACGGGGAACUUUCUUACAUAACUACAGCACAGUUGUCAAAAUCAGGAAAUUACCAUCAAUACAAUAUGAUUAUCUUAUCCACAGCCAUUAUUCAGAUUGCACCAUUUGUGGUAGGCAGACUAAUGGUCCCUCCAAAGAUGUUCACAUCCUAAUCCCCAGAACCUGUGAAUGUGUCAAGUUGCACGGCAAAGGGGAAUUUAGGUUUCUGAUGUCAUUAAGGUUGUGAAUCAGCCCAUCUUAAAGUAGAUUAUCCUGGGUUAUCUGGGUAGGCCAACAUAAUAAUCAUAAGGAUUCUUAUAAUUGGAGGAGGGAGGCAGAAAAGGAGGUCGGGGUGAUGCAAUGAGAUGGGAACUCAGCCUGCCAUUUGGGGCUUAAAGAUGGAGUGGGAGGCAGGAGCCAAGGAACGUGGGCAGCCUCGAAAAUCUGCAAGAGGCAAGGGAAGAGAUUCUCCCCUAGAGCCUCCAGAGGGGGAAUACAGCCCUGCUGACACUUUGAGUUUAACCCAGGAAGAUCCCUGUCAGACUUCUAACCUACAGAAAUAAAAGAGAAUAAAGUUGUAUUGUUUCAAGCCACUAAAUUUGAGGUCACUUGUUGUGCAGCCAUAGAAAACUAAUACACCAUUUGUCCCGGUAAUGUCUUUUUUAAAAAGAGAAAAUCUGGGGGCACCUGGGUGGCUCAGAUGGUUGAGCAUCUGCCUUCGGCUCAGGUCAUGAUCCCGGGGUUCUGGGAUCGAGCCCCACGUCGGGCUCCCUGCUUGGUGGGGAGCCUGCUUCUCCCUCUCCCUCUGCUGUUCCCCCUGCUUGUGCUCUCUCACUCUCUCUGUCAAAUAAAUAAAUAAAAGCUUAAAAAAAAAAAAAGAGAAAAUCUGAAACUAUGUGUUCAGUUGUCAUGUCUCUUUUAUUUCCUUUACUCUGGAGCAGUUCCUGAGUCUUCCUUUGUAUUUUCUGAUGUUGACAUUUUAAGAAAAUAGACAGUUAUUUUGUAGCAUGUUCUUCAGUUUGGUUCCUUUGAUGUUUUCUCUUGAUUGGAUUCAGGUUGUGCACUUUGACAGCGAGAUCGCAGAAGUGAUGCUGAAUUCCCUUCAGUACAUAGUAACAGGAGGCACAUAAGUCGUUUCUGACAAUGCUCACUUUGACAGCUGAUUGGGGUGGUGCCUCCCAGAUUUCUCCAUUGUGAAGUUACUCAGUAACCCUUUGUAAUUAAUAAGUAUCUUAUGAGGACAUACUUUGAAACUAUAUAUAUAUCCUGUGACUCCUUACACUUUUACCCACUAGUUUUAGCAUCCAUUGAUGAGGCUGCCAAAGGGAGAAUUCCAUCAUUCUUUAUAUAUAUAUUAGUUGGCAUUAUUCUGAGAGGUAGUUUUUCCUUCUGUCCCACUUUUUAUGUUAGAUCUUCAUAUUAGAUUUAUGGAUUCCUCUUUUAUUUAAUAAGUUACAAUAGGUUGUUCUUGAGAUUUAUUUUGAUCUUUAAAUGUCCCUUAUUUAGCCGUGGCAGUAGCUCAAAGCUGACCCCUGUGAUCUUUUGAUAAUUUCCCUCAUUCUUUGAGCGUUAUCUUCCUUUUGGCACAACAAGACAUUUCAGGCUUGUCUUGUAUUAUCUGUGCCAUAAUCCUGGAACCAGCCACUCCUCCAAGGAGCAAAAUUAGGUUUUAUUAAUUCCCCAAACGCCAAGAGCCAGCAACAACAAAAAUGGGUCGCUCAAAUUGAUGAAAAUCUCUCAAAGAUGAUGCUGAAUUUUGAGCAAAUUGUUUAUUAGGCUACUUGGCUUUAGGGAGCGUGGCCUAUUUUAUGCAUUAUUGACAAAUAUUUUUGGAGCACCCGUUGCUUUUGCAGCCUACCUGGUACCAGUACCCAUGGGUUUUACACUGUGACAAAGGCAAUUCUUCCUACUUUGAGAAAUCUAUUUAAGUAGGGGAGGCAGCAAAAGACAAAACAUAAGAGAUAGUAAAAAAAAAAAAAAAAUAGAGGAAAACAUAUCUCUUUAAAUGGGGAUAUGUGAGCAUGUUGGUAAACAGAUGCAUAGGAACAUUAUAUAUUAAUAUUAGUAUAUUGAUUUAUUCACUAAAAUAAACAAAUGCUAAGGACUGUUCUUUCUGCUAAGUCUGUGAAGGACAAAUUAUAUUUGUACAAAAAAGUAUAAUUUUUGGCUGUGUUGAAGAGAAUAUGGUGUGGGAAAUGGGUUCAGGGACACUGAUCCAGAUUUGAAAAGGCAGACAGAGAAUUCGAUGAUAUGCAAUUGAGUGGUUGAAUUUUCCUCCCAUCCACUGCUCUCUGUAUUGAAGAUGUUCUGGAACCCAGCACUGUAGUCUGUAAUCACAGGGAGAACUCUUACGCUCCGUGUGCUCAGUUUCCAUGUUCCAGUUUUUGAUUGAUUAUUGUUGGCUAUCAUCUCAUAAGACCAAUGACAUAGCAAAUUAUUUCAUUAUUUCAAACUCUCACUGUUUAUUGAGGCUCUACAGAAGUGCCCAGUUAUUAAUCAGAGCCCAAACGAGAAAGAUCUCCCCAUGUUGAGAUCAAAAAGAGUAGUUACCAAACUAUUGAUAGUCUAUUGGUGUCCAAUCAGAUUCUAAAGAAUGGCUGGCAAAAACUAUUGUGGACUUUUUUGUGCCUUUGUGCUGAGUUUGGUGAGGGUUGAAUAUGUAAUAAGGUUUGCAUUCACAUAGGAUUGUGGACUCAGGAGUUCUAGAGCAAUCGUACUCAAAGUGGAGUCCUAGAGCCAGCAAUGUCUGCCUCACCUGUUAACUUCUUAGAAAUGCACAUUCUCGAUACCACCUCAGACCUACUGAAUCAGAAAUUCAGGGGCGGAGGGGUCAGAGGGUAAUCUGUGUUUUAACAAGCCCCCUCCAGGGGAUUCUGAUGCUGGCCAGAGAAUUAGAGUGCUGUGUAUUGGUUCUCAACAAUUAUAUCUUCUGUGUCUGUGUGUUGGACUCAACCAAGCAUUAUUUUCACUCUCAGCUACCCUUCCUGGCUAGCUCUUUGAAUUGGGAAGAAUGUUCAGAAUAUGUGCUAAUUACAGUCUUAGAGACAAACAAUAUUAACUCUUCUCUGUGCUUAAAACUUAUACUAAGAAACUCUAACUAUAUAAACAUCAAAUUUGUUAAUUAAUCAAGACAUUCGUCUUAUGGACUACAAAAGCCUUUUUAAAAAGUAGGUGAAAACUGACAAAUCUAUUUAAAAAAUUUUAAUAUAAGUAUUUUUGCUUCCAAUUGAUUUCUCCACUUUUCACAAGAUCUUCUAAAUAAUAAUUUCUAUCCACUAGAUGUGAACAGGCCAAAAGAUCAUGGGAGAGACUAGACUUUUUAUGAUUCAUAAUUAUCAUCUAAUGCUAUGAAUUUGGCAAGCUUGUUCUGAACGUUUCCACAAGCAUGAAAUAAAAGAGAGCCAAGUCAUUUAAUGUGGGAGAUGCAUUUGAAAUUAGGUAAAGCAACAAAUAUACCUUAAGACAUCCAAAGAAGUUCAGUUUAAAACUUCAGGCCCUACUGAGUGGCCACAAUUCAUGGACAAGUUAACUGUGUACCCUUAACUAAGUCUCUCAACUCUGCCAAUUUUUCCUAUAAAUGGGGCUGUCACAACCCCACAGAAUUGUUCAAGUCAAUGGGUAAGUAUGUAAAAAAAAUACAAAAUUUAGUAUAAUCAGGUAAAUUAAGCUUUUGUGGGGUUGGAAGCUUGUGCAACUUGGGGCCUUCUUUUAAAAAAAUAUAUAAGAUCACAAAUGCAAAAGUAAGCGUGGAGCCAGAAAGGGGCCCAUGAGCUCCAUUACUUCCACAUGGGAAAUCCACCUCCGUGCUGUGACUAUAUUUAUUUUCAGCUAGUUGCUUCCUUUAUGUCACUGUGUCAUCGGGUGUGAGCAUGACUGUACUUCCCUUCCACGGCAGACACCUCAGCCGCCGUCUGGCCCGGAGAACCUGUUUGGUGUGCUCACUGCAUGACAACAGUGGGUGUGGCUCCGAGGGGAGUGCCAGGCUCUACAGACCAUGCCCAGAGGCUGCAGAAUCAGACUUUUGCCAGAGGAAGAAAGAGUGCCCGGAGGCAUGCAUUCACCGGAGCAAUGGUGAAUGGCUUGACUGGGCAGAGCCUUCCAGAUCUUCGUCAUUAAACCUCUUAAUCUCAAACAUGGAAGAGGUAAAACUCAAUUUUUAAAGAUCACUUGUUAAAAUAGGACCACUCCUAUCCUCAGGAAAUUGCACACCAGAGACCGUCUCAAGGACUGGAGUCAUUUUGAGAUGCUUUGUGGCCCAAGCCUGCUCUAAGCAUGCACCGCGCUGAAUAGAACAUAAACUCGGGACAGCGAAGACACAGACCCUGAUGUUUCAGCCAGGACUUGAUGCUACUUGCUUUUUCUUAAAACAAGACAAACAGCAACAACAACAAAAACAGUGCUAUUUCAAUGUGUUGAAAGAGCUGAACUCUUUUUUUAAAAAUUCCAGUUAACACAGAGUGUUAUAUUAAGUGCUUAUCAGGAUAAGUGUAUUCUCAGUGCCCUUCACCAAUUUCACAGUCCCUCCCCCACUGCCCCCACCAAAAAAAUCUGAAUUCUUUUGAAAAAAAUUGUUUAUUUUUAAAUAAUCUCUAUACCCAACGUGGGACUCAAACUCACAACCCCAAGGCCAAGAGUUGCAUGCUCUACCAACUCAGCCAGCCAGGCCCUCUAAAGAUCUGAACUCUUAAGCUUACCCUUCUGAGUCUAUACUUCUGGACCUGUGAGCUGGUGCAGAAUAAUAAUAGUGUCCUUCAUUUAGGGAGUCCAUUUCACUGGGGACUCCAGAGUAACCUAUGGAUUUUUGCUCUCUUAAGAAUGGCACAUUGA